AUGCAAUCGCUCUCGAAGACUAGCUGGUCCGCGAAGAAGCAGAGCCAAAAGCUCGCCGAUGGGGGUGCUGAUAAGCUGGAUGUAUGGAGUAUCUUUACACCUGCCAACAUGCCUCCUGACGCUAUCAACCUGGGUCAGGGAUUCAUGAACUGGAACCCUCCUGAGUGGGUCAGGGAUGCUUCAGCCAAAGCCAUGAAUAGCGAUGUGAUGAGCAACCACUACUCUCACCCUCGAGGCCGACCCAGACUGCUCAAGGCUAUUAGCUCGCACUACUCGCCGCAAUUCGAGAACCUGACCCGGGAGAACAGACAGUUGCGACCGGAGGAGAUCGUUGUCACUGCUGGAGCCAACGAAGGAAUGUACGCCGCUCUUCUAGCCUUCCUCAACAAGGGCGACGAAGUCAUCUGUAUCGAGCCCUUCUUCGACCAAUACCUCGCGUCGAUCAUUUUCAACGGUGGGAAGCCCGUCUACGUGCCGUUGCAUCCUCCCGAGGCUCCCGAAGACGGCAGCUUUGUCAAGAGGACUGGGGCGGACUGGAAGCUGGAUCUGAAGGAGUUUGAUGCCGCUUUCACGGACAAGACCAAGGUCGUCAUCAUCAACACCCCUCACAACCCGUCUGGAAAGGUCUUUUCGCCAGAAGAGUUGACCGCGAUCGCCGAGAUCUGCACUAAGCACGAUGUGCUCGUCUUGGCUGACGAAGUCUACGACUGCUUGACUUUUGACGGAACUGAGCAUGUCAGGAUCGCUGCUCUGCCUGGCAUGUGGGAGAGGACCUUGACUGUUGGAAGCGCUGGAAAGUCGUUUGCCGCUACUGGUUGGCGAAUCGGCUGGCUUAUCGGACCCGCCGAGCUCACACUCGCCACCCUGCAAGCCUCGACAAGGAUCAUCUUCUGUACCAACUCGCCCUUGCAAGAAGCCGUCGCCGAGGGCCUCGAACUCGCCAAUGAGAAGCGAUUCUUCCCGGACCAGAUCGAGGCUUACCAGGAGCGAAGAGACGUCCUUUGUUCCUACUUUGAGCAGCUCGGAUUGAGCUUCACCUUGCCCCAGGGGUCUUACUUUGUCCUGGUCGACAUGAGCAAGGUUAAGGUGCCCGAGGGAUAUGAUUUCCCCGAGGUCGUCAAGGGACGAGGCAGGGAUUUCGAGACUUGUUGGUUCAUGGCACAAGAGCUCAAAGUCGUCGGUAUUCCUCCUUCCGAGUUCUACUGCCGAGAACACUUGCAGUUCGGCGAAAAGUUCGCUCGAUUCGCUUUCUGCAAGGACCUCGACACCCUGCAUGCCGCUGGAAAGAGACUGCUCGGUCUCAAGAAGUACAUCCAGUGA